UUAUUCGUUGUAUUAUAUUUCCGCAUCUGCAUUGCUUCAUUAAAAUUCUGCACUGCGAUUGACCUAAUUUUAUUUACUUCUAAGACCUAACCUUAAAAAAUUUGUUAUCAAGAAUGACAUACACUAGCGUGUAUACGAAAAAAAAACACACAUUUAACGCAUAGACACAUAUAUAUAUAUAUACAAUUAUUCACACGAAGGAUGGAUUUAAUGAUGGAUAAUAAUAAAGUGUUUAAUAUAUUAAAUACAAUCUUGGUUACUCGUCGUUGGAAUGAUUUAUACCAGAACCUUAAUCCUAUGGCUUUUGGUAUUACAAAACCUAAUCAAUUAUACAACGUUUUAGCAAAAGUUGCUGAGUUAAUUGUAAGUGAAAAUGAUAAUACACCUGAUAAGGUUACAAUUAUUCUGUUAAAAAGUUUGGGUAAUUCGUGCUUAAAUACGUAUAUUCAUGGUGAUUAUGAUAAAGAUAAUAACAAUGAUAAUGGAAAAUAUUGUAGAAAAUUGUAUGGUAAAUUAGCAGAAGAAUAUGCAUCUAAAUGUAAAGAAGAAUUGAAAGAAGAAAAGGAUACCAUUUUUCCAUACAACGGUGUAGCAGAAUGGGCAAUAGAUUAUAUUAUAAGAAACUACAAUAAUUCAUUGUCGACAGAAAGAAAAGAAAUAUUAAGAUUAUGUAUCCAAUUUUUAUGCAAUCUUUAUUCAUUCGCUUGCAACGAUAUUAAUUCGUUGCAUUGUAAAAGUAUAAAGAAUCAUUUCGUCAAUGCAACGUUUCAAAAUACUCUAAUAAAAUGUAUAUCAUUGGAAGAUACAACUAUAGUCAAAUCAGCUUGUAUGUUUGUACACAACGCAUUGAAAAUAUUUAACCGAGACAAUUUUAUAUGGGAUGAUAACAGUUAUGUGUGUUCUCAAUUGUUAACAAAAAUCACAGAUUUAGAGUGUGCCAAGGAAGCUUUGUUAUGUUUGUUCAAUCAAGCGAAUAUAUUUGAAAAGGUUUAUGAAGAUAUUACAAUGGAAGAUAAAUUGAAUUUACUUCAUAUAAUUCAUGAACAAGCUAAAGAUGUUAUUUAUAAAAAUAAGAAGAAAAAUGACACGGGAUUUACUUUUAAUCGUAAACUUAAUAAAUAUUUGUCUGAUCGUUUUUGCAAAAGGAGUGAUCUUAUAUUGAAAACAAAGGACACGUAUUUGGAUAAUAAUUUUGAACCUAUGGAAGUAGUUAUUCUCCUUGAUAUAUUGGGUGUACUUACAUCAGAAGCAACGGAUAUACUUUAUGCUAUUCAAGAAAAUAGAAGUCUUCUUAUAAAUUGUUGUUAUUUGUUGAAGUCAAUGCAUAUGUAUGCAAGAGAACCAAAUAAUUAUUUUAAACCUAUACAAAAUUUGAGUGAUGUUGCACCAGCAUCUACGCAAAAGGAAGAAAAUGAUUUGGAACGUCAUCCUGCUUAUGGUUUUAAAGCAGGUUUGAUAAGAGUUAUUGGAAAUAUGUCGUAUAAGAAUAAACAAUGUCAAGAUAUCAUUCGUGAAACGGAUACUAUUCCAUUGUUAUUUGAUUGUUGUAACAUUGAUGCUAGAAAUCCAUUAAUAAUGCAAUGGACGAUUUUAGCGGUUCGUAAUUUGUGCGAAGAUAAUGUAGAAAAUCAAAAAGUUAUUAGUACUUUUACAAAAGUUGGUGUUUUGGAAAAUAGUUUCUUAAAAGAAAAUGGAUUAACAUUGCAAGAAAAUGAGGAUGGAAGAACUCUUGGUAUUGUACCAUUAUCGGAAAAACGAUAAAUAUCAAUAAAAUUUUAUUAAAUUAUAUUAAUAUAUGUGUGUUUUUUUAUCU